AUGAAUGAGGCAAAAGUUAGCGUUAGCUUUUCCUGCCAACGUUGUCUGCAACCCAUCCAUGUCGAUGACUCAUUUGCUAGUCUUGGCGAGCAUACGCUGGCUGAGCUUGCACUUCCAAUAAAUUCUCAUCUGGAAAUCGACCUGGAAUCGCAGUCAGCCAGCUUCGACCAUUUUGUGCCACCUUUCCGAGUGACGGAAUCCACGAACGACACGAACGGAUUCAUGCUGCUAUCCGAUGGACCAGAAAAAGAUUCGCUCGGUCACAGCUUACGCGUUAAGGCCGAACUGUUCGAUGCAUUAUCCAAUAACUCCGAGAUAGAUCAUCCGCUUUGCGAUGAGUGCACCGACACGCUGCUGGAGCUGAUGGAUAAGCAGCUCAAGAUGGCAGAGGACGAGUGGAACGACUACAACAACUACCUGAAGAAGCUAGAAAUGACGGACGACGUGCCAAAUAUCGAGCAGCUGGAACGAGAGCUUGCUGGACUGAAGGUGGACGAAACUAAGCUGCUCGAAGAGCUGAGUAAACUAUCGUGCGAGGAGCAAUCCGUCCGACAGGCAGUGGAGGAGCAGGAGAAGGAAAAGCACAGGCUCGAAUGCGAAGAAAACAAAUACUGGCGCGAGUAUACGAAACAUCGCCGGGACGUGAUAACCACCGAGGACGAAUUCCGUUCACUUGAGUGCCAAAUGGCGUACGCCCAGAGCCAGCUGGAAAAGCUGAAGAAAACCAACGUAUUCAACGCGACCUUUCACAUUUGGCAUUCCGGGCAUUUUGGCACGAUAAACAACUUUCGCCUUGGACGGCUUCCGUCUGCGCCCGUCGAUUGGUCGGAAAUCAACGCUGCUUGGGGCCAGACAUGCUUGCUGCUAUCAGCAUUAGCCCGCAAGAUGAAUUUCAGCUUCAAGCAGUACCGUCUCGUACCGUACGGUAACCAUUCCUAUAUAGAGGUGCUGGGCGAAGGCAAAGAAUUGCCACUGUACGGCAACGGAGGGUUCCGUUUCCUGUGGGAUUCAAAAUAUGACGCGGCAAUGGUGGCCUUCCUCGACUGUUUGCAGCAGUUCAAGGAGGAGAUCGUUCGCAGAGAUCCAGAUUUUUGCUUGCCGUACCUGAUGGAGAAGGGAAAAAUUGAGGAUGCCUCGACGGGCAGCAGUUUUUCGAUAAAAAUUCAAUUCAACUCAGAGGAACAGUGGACGAAGGCAUUGAAAUAUUUGUUAACGAAUUUAAAAUGGGUUCUCACAUGGGUAUCGUCUCAGUUCACGGAGGAUAAACGAUAG